AUGAAGGCUGCUCUUGGGGUGCUUUUGCUGUGCCUGCUGCUCUUGCUCCCCUCUGCAGCACUUCCCAGAAAGGGGAAAGUGGAGGAAAGGCUGGAGCUCAGCCUGCCAGAGGAGCUGGGCCUUGAAGGAGAGGAGAGAAAGAGAGAAAAUGCAAGUUUACUGGAAAAAGUGAGACACAGCUCGCUGGGAAGAUCAAGGUUGACUGCUGCUACUCACCUCUUGCCUAAGCCUGAGCUAGGAGCAAGAUGCAUCCCAGGGCAGGCUGAGGGUGGGGGCAUGGGCUGGUCCAGCUCCAGCCUGCAGCCGUGGCCACUCGGGGGGCUGGAAGGACCCAUCUGCAGAGUGAAAAUGGACCAGGAUGGGCUGACCCCGAGGCACAUGGAAGUUGUGGGUGUUCUCACCCACUAUGAAAGCAACUUCAUCAAACUGCUGAGACAACGCACGGCCUGGGAUGAGAGUUCCCUGGAGACCUUUGGGCUCUGCAAGGCUGGGGAGGCGAGUGCUGCCCUCCAGCCCCUGCUGCACAUCCACACACACCUGGUGGACCCGGGCCAGGACCGAUUCCUCGUCCUGCACCUGGAUGAAGUGAAGUGGGACUCCCAGCCCAAGCUGUGGUUCAAGCUGGUUUUCCAGGCAGAGGUGGGCCGGUUGCUGGGAGAGCUGCGGGUGGCUCUGCUGCUCUUCUACCUGGGCAGGAGAGAAGGGACGGGGUCCGGGAGCCCUGGGGAGUGGCAGGAGCUGCUGGUGACCGGCCCGGGGCUGGAGCAGGAGCAGAGCAUCUGCCUGGCCAGGGACACUCAGUACCUGGUCCUGGGAGCCACGGUAGCGUCUGUCACCCACAGCAGUGAGCAGCUCAGCUUCCAGGCUUCCCUGGCCAUCAGGCGUCGUGGAGAGGGAGGUGCCCCCUUGCCCCCCACGGAGACCCAGCAGCUCCUCUUCGGCUCUGAUGACAAAUGCUUCACCAGGAUGACCCCGGUGCUGCUCCUGCUGGCCAAGUCACGGCAGGAGGAGGAGGUGGCUUUGGCCCCUACAUCCUACCUCUCUGCCGAUGGGGUGGUAGACGUGGCUCCAUACCCAUGGCUCAGCCCACCCCAGGCUGGGACAGAGGAGCUGCUGUCCCCCAACCAAAGCAACGCUUCGUCCCCAGAGCCUGGCAGCAGCCGCCAGUUCCUGGGCAUCCUGACCCACUUCAUCCGCAAGGUCCUGAGCCCCUCCAGCGAGCCCCCCACCCAGCCCAGCACCCACCACUGGCUGGACUUCCAGGUGAUGGAGACCCUCCCUCACCAGCUGCUCAACCUGUCGGAGGAGGCGGCUCUGGAGCGUCUGGUGCAAUCGGAAGAGCCCUCGGUGCUGCUCUUCCCCCAGGACAGCGGAGCCGUGCUGGAGCAGCACCUGGGGGACUGGCAGCCGGAGGGGACCGUGCUGCAGCUGCUGAUGGGCAAGCUCCAGGCGGUGAUCCAGGAGCUCAGGGACAUCCCCGCUUUCCAAGCAAACGUGGGGCUUUUCCAGCAUCUCCUGAGCUUCUGCUAUUAUCCCCCGGCCCCGGGUGAGGAUCAAGCUGGGAAGGAGCCCAGCAGCUCAGGGAAGCUGCACACGCUGCUGCUGCUGAAGGCGUUGCAGACGGUGCGGUCGCGGUGGCAGGAGAGGAGGAAGGUGCAGAGGCAGAACCGCAGCGCUCGGCACCAGGCUCACUGCCGCCUGCAGGAGCUGACCAUCGACUUGCACGACCGCAAGUUCAUCGUCAUGCCCACCGUCUACGCGGCCAACAACUGCGAGGGGCCCUGCAAGCUGCCCCUCUCCACCCGCGUCCCCAGCUACUACUCGCACACGGUGCUGCUGCUGGGGAUGCAGGAGCGGGGCUCCCCCCUCCAGCGGGCUCCCUGCUGCGUGCCCGUCCGCUACUCCGACCAGCUCAUCAUCAGCCUCUCCACGGAGGGGCUGGAGGUCCGCAAGUUCCCCAACAUGGUGGCAGAGGAGUGUGGCUGUCGGUAG